CUCGACCAAAUUGAGUGAAUGAGGUGCCUUUAGAAAGAUUAAGAAGAGAUCUAUCCACGAGCUUCAGGUCUUGGAGAGCAAAGGAGUCCACACAAACAGAUAUGAGAGAAGAAAGGGGACUGCUGCGUAUAACCUCGCACAGUGCGAGUGUUGGUUUUGUUCACCUCAUAUCUUGAGAACCACUUAUUCAAAUCGGAUGUUUGAGGUGUCUUUGGAAAGGUAUUGAAUAGAUAUUUCAUAAAAGGUUCUAUUCUUGAGAAUUGAAGGAGUUUACAGCCCAAAAAGGACGGAUAUACAUCGAGCUUGGGAAGAGAAUAUAAGAGGAAGGGUUCCAAAUCAACGAAUACAGACCCAGACGUGCAAAACAGUUUUUCCUCUUUAUAGGGGGCUGUUUUCAUAACUUUUGAUAGGGAACGAACAUACACUUGGAAGAGGCUGUAUAGAAUCCAAUUUUAGGCAAGGAACCAAUAUUCAAUCACUCUUGGACAAAGGUUUGGUUGCUGGAUUGAUAAAGGGCAGUUUGGAGCUUAAUCGAGGUUGAGGCUUGAGCCUACUACCUGUGCGCAUUGCUCGGGUGAUCAUUUGGAGAGAAGAUGUGGUUCGUGCUUUCUCCAUUCUGUUUUGAACAAUAUUAAACAUGCUCAUGGAUAUUUUACUAUAGAGCUUGCGUGCUCAUGAAUAGCCCUGUGUGGCCAUUUUGUUUUAAACAAUGUUUCCGCUGCAUUAUGUAUUACUUAUUAUGUUUGUUUAUGGACGUUAUAUGUGUGAAUGAUAUUCAAGACGCUUUGUAUAAUAUGGAUGAGUUGGACUGCGGUUGACUAUUCGUAUUGUACGGCGGGUUGUUGACGUGUACGGGUAGGUCCGGGGCGUGACACUAGUUGCCCAUACCAUGGGUACUCGGACCAAGACCUCAUCCUCUACUUUUAUGAUGGUCUUGCAGAACAUGAUAGAUGCAUGGUUAAUGCAGCAUGCGGAGGGGGAAUUGUCAACAAAACCCCCCCUCUCAAGCAAGAAACCUCAUCUCGGAGUUGGCCGAGAAUUCUAGGCAUUACAAAGGAGGUCCUCGACCCGCAGAGUUGCCGCUGCAGAAUCUAUAUCAACUCUGGAGAAUCAAGUUGCCGGCUUGACUUCUGUUGUUAAAGAAUUUAUUUUAAAUCCUAAAGCCCAAGAAAUCAAGGUCUGCGGCAUUUGUACACAACAAGAGCCUCCAACCGACUCAUGCCCGACGCUACAAGAAGAUGACCCCGAGAAAGUCAACGCUUUGAAUUUCCAAAAGUAAAAGAGGUAUGAUUCUUAUGACAAUACUUAUAAUCCCGGAUGGAGAGAUCACCCACAUCUUAAAUAUGGUAAUCCUUAAGGGAAUCCACAACAAAACAACCCUCUACAAAAUCAAUCAUUCCCUCAAAAUAAACACAUGUAUCCCAAACCACAAGGCCAAAAUAUGUCCACCGAAGACAUGAUCCAAGCACUCACCCCAAAUGUCUCUACUAUGCAACAAAACAUGGUCCAAUUCCAAUAUGAAAAUAAAUCAAGCAUACAAAAUCUUGAGAACCAAAUGAGCCAAAUCUCAAGUGCGGUGAGUAGGCUUGAGGCUAAGGAUUCAGGAAAGCUUCCGUCUCAAAUGGAGCCAAAUCCUCGGCAACAAGCUCAUGCCGUGACAUUGAGGAGUGGCAAGGAACCGGUUAUUGCUAAAGAAAAAGCAAAGAGCCACAUUGACGAGGAGGAAGAUGACGAGCUAGGAGCUUGUCGAGAAAGAUCAACCGGAGGAGGAACCUCAAAUCUCAACUCCACCACGGGUCACUCAUGAGUUCAUUCCACCAUUUCCCGAGGCUCUAAGGGAAACACGAAGGGGGGGACAAAGAACUCUAUGAAACCUUCAACAAAUUCGAGGUCAGAGCAACACGAUUGGUGACAGUUAAAGAUAAAUCAAAUAUUUAAUUGUCAAAUAAUAAAUAAUGCUUUGUAUGUAUGAAUAUUAUUAUGUGGAGUCAAACCGUAAAGAUAAAUGUAAAUCAUUAUUGGAAAACAAGGUUUACUAAAUAUGAUCAAGGUUGCUUUUCAACGUUC